AUGUCAAUUUGCUUAUUGCUCAUUCACUUUUUUAUUGGCUUAGGCAGUACCUAUACAAAUGCAUUCGCAUUAACAACAAUUGCACAACUUAGAAGCGAACGAUCUCAAGGAGAAGAAGAGUGUUUUAUGCAAAAACUGUGCAAUUACGAAGAAAUGAAUGUCGAGCCGAUUUGUGGCAGUGAUGGAAGAACCUAUAAUUCAUAUUGUGAAGUAAAACGAGCUAUAUGCCAUGGUAAUCCAGUGAAAAAACAGUUUUCCGGACCUUGUCCUGAAAAUUUGCGAUGUCAACUGGAACGAGCUUAUCAGUUGAAAUUAGCAGCGGAAAAAAUGAAUAGCAGUGAAGUUUACGUGCCGGAAUGCAAUGCUACCGAUGGUUCGUAUGCUACCAUACAGUGUCACAAAAGCACGGGUUAUUGUUGGUGUGUGACACGGAUCGGACGACCGUUGCCAAGUACAUCUAAACGAUAUGGCAUUCCGAAUUGUCAUAUUUUGCAAAAGACGAAAAUUGGACGACGUUCGCAUCGAAAAAGUAACGGUGAUUCGGUAUCCUUAAAUGUAUGUACAACGGUCGAUCGAUCAACAUUCAAUGCCAAUUUGUUGAAUAUUUUUAAAAAGGAAUACGAACGCAGCGAGCAAUUUUUGCAUCACACAAAUGGGGCAAUGCAAUCAUUUGAUAAAAAGAUAUUACUUUGGAAAUUUGGUCAGCUUGAUAGCGAUAAGAAUAGCCGAUUAAAUUCAAAAGAAUUCGGUGGUUUACGUCGUCUUGUUCGAAAGCAUGUUACGCCGAAAACGUGCGCAAGAAAGUUUACAAAAUAUUGUGAUUUGAAUAAGGAUGGUGAAAUAAGUGCUCGUGAAUGGGUCACUUGCUUAGGCAUUGAUAUUUCCACAUCAUAUAAUAUGUUUAACGCUCUUCGUCCUAAUUCAUCCAUUACUAACAGCAACAAUAGCAAGAGCAACAACAAUAACAACAAUACUUCGAUGGUAAUUAAGGAUGACCAUCAUAAGGAACAACAACAACAACAACAGUCAAUAAGGAAACAAGAAAUACAGGGUAUCGUUCAUGCGGAUGGUAUCAUUGGUAUGCCAAUUGUUGAUAGUAGGCGGAAAAAUGAAACUGAAUUAAAACGUGAGCAAGAUGAAGAUGAACGAAAUGAAGUAAAAGAAGAUACUUUCGGAAAAACAGAUUGUCGUACACAACGAGAACGAGCAAUGAGAAAAUUAGAAAAUAAUCCAGAAAAUGGGAACUAUAUACCAACCUGUGCUGGUGAUACUGAUAUACUCUUUGAUCGAAUUCAGUGCCAUCGUUUAUCACAUAUUUGUUGGUGUGUAAAUCCGAAAACCGGUAUUCCACAAUCCGGUACAUCCAAAUACAACGCAAAACCAAAUUGUGAUGGAACACUUCAACAGAAUGAUCUUUCUAGGAGGCAAAUUAAAGGUUGUUCGGGUAGGAAAAAAACCAAAUUUUAUCAGCGAUUAUUUUCGUCACUAAUUAGUGAAUGGAUUUUGGCUUUGGGUGAUGAAGCAAAUGAUGAUGCUAUCACAAGCAAAGAUAAAGCUGUUCGAUGGAAGUUCGAACAGCUUGAUGUCAACAACAAUUCGCGAUUGGAACGGAAAGAGUGGAAAUCAUACCGAAAUGAGCUACGCUUAUUGAAUAAAGUUCGAAAAUGUGGGCGGAAUUUUUUGCGCUUUUGUGAUCGAGAUGGGAAUAAACAAAUUAGAUUGGAUGAAUGGUUAAAUUGUACUAUUUAUGUGGAUAUGACAGUAUCAUCAAUGCCAGUAGCAAAACUAAGAGUAACGCCACGAAAAAAUCCAUUCCUGGAUAUCCUUCAACCGGAUGAUUAG